ACAAGACCCGGUCUCACAAAGCGGUGGCGGGCAGAAGAAGCGGCAGAUGUCCUUCUCAGACGUUCCAGCUGCUCCCGCGCCGAUGCUGUGUUUGAUGGGUUGUUUGUUGCGAUCUUUUUUUCCCCUCCUCCACCACCCCCCCACCACUGCCAUCAUCAUUCACAACCUUCCAGCGAUUCCAAAUCACUUGUAGGAGAUCCGGACGGCUGCGCGUGAGGGAGUACCGCUGCAGAGCCCGACGGGAACGGGAAUGCCAUGUGUCGUUGCGCGACAUAAGAAGCUCUUUGUGGGGUGUUUUGCACCGGGGACAGGUGGUGCCUGCUGCGUGCGUGUGCGUGUGCGUGUGCGCGCUCGCAUGUGUGUGUGCGCGUUUGUGUAAACAUGCGUGUGCGUGCGUGCGUACGUGUGUGUUGAGAGCGGGGUUGGGGGGGGGCAUGGACACACAACCCCUGAGACAGUUGUCUGAGGGAUGUCAGGAUCGGUUUUUGCCAGAGACAGGUGCGACGAGGAGGAGGAGUAGUUUACAAACAGCCACGGAGGACCGGCCGCCCCGCGCAAAGCCCUUCUCUCCUUUAACCUUCCGCGGAUUCUCUUUUAUUCGCCGGGAGACGACGGACGGACUGACGCCGUGGAAACCAGAAGUGACCGUGGGCUUUUUUCCUUGCACGGACGUGAUCUCCCCGAUACACCUUUAACGCCAUAACCCGAGAGUUGGUGGUUUGUUGCCAUGGCGACAGUAGCCCCACCCUACUUCUUCCUGCUGUGUUGGCUGCUCCGAAUGACCAGUUCUGCAUUCCCGGAGGAACCAGGGCCUCUCAAUUUUAUACCCACCGAAGUGGUCAGGCGAUACCCGGUGUUUCUGGGUCGACCCCAUAGAACAUGGUUGAGACAAGAGCCGCUGCACAUCCAGAGGGUCCUUCAAGUCAACCGCACACUCUACAUUGGAGCCAGAGAUGACUUGUUUCGUGUGGAAUUGGACAACGUGGCAGGAGAUGAGAUGUUCUACAGCAAGAAAAGAACAUGGGAAUCCAACAAGAAUGACAUCAGGAUCUGCAGGAUGAAGGGGAAGCAUGAAGACGAGUGCCGUAACUUCAUGAAGGUGCUGCUUAGCAGACAAGGCGGCCUGUUUGUCUGUGGGACCAACGCAUUCAACCCGCUAUGUGCCAACUAUACUGGGGACACUCUGGAGAUGAUUGGGGAAACUGUCAGUGGGAUGGCGAGGUGCCCGUAUGACCCCAAACAUGCCAAUGUAGCUUUAUUUGCAGAGGGGAAUCUGUUUACAGCUACAGUGACAGACUUCCUGGCCAUUGAUGCAGUGAUCUACCGGAGCCUUGGGGACAGCCCCGCCCUGCGCACCGUCAAACAUGACUCCAAAUGGUUCAGAGAGCCAUAUUUUGUCAGCGCUGUCGAGUGGGGACCUCACAUUUACUUCUUCUUCAGAGAGAUGGCCAUGGAGUUUAACUACCUGGAAAAGGUUGUGGUCUCCCGUGUGGCACGUGUCUGCAAACGGGACCUGGGUGGGUCCCAGCGUGUUCUGGAGAAGCAGUGGACGUCCUUUUUGAAAGCCCGCCUGAACUGCUCGGUCCCCGGGGACUCUCACUUCUACUUUAAUCUCCUCCACUCCACCAGUCCCAUAAUCAGGAUGCAUGGCAGGGACAUCAUCCUCGGCGUCUUCUCCACACCGGCUAACAGUAUUCCUGGUUCGGCAGUGUGUGCCUUUGACAUGGAGCAGCUGGCGGCAGUGUUUGAUGGCAGGUUCAAGGAGCAGAAAUCACCUGAGUCUAUCUGGACACCUGUUCCUGAUGAAGUCAUCCCUAAGCCAAGGCCUGGUGGCUGUGCUGUUCAAGGCUCUAGGUUUAACUCAUCCAACUCCUUUCCGGACGAGAUGCUUAACUUUGUCAAGACUCACCCUCUGAUGGACGAGGCUGUGCCUUCACUGGGACAGAGACCCUGGAUUGUCAGAACCAUGGUCAGGUACCAGUUAAACAAGAUGGUGGUGGACACAGAGGCUGGACCCUACAGAAACCAUACCAUCCUGUUCCUUGGCUCCAGCAGAGGGACCAUCCUGAAGUUCCUCAUCACACCCAAUCAGGACAACACCGUCACCAACACCAAUGUUUUCUUGGAGGAAUUAGAGGGAUACAACCCUGACAAGUGUGGUGAAGACUCUCCCCAAGCCAGACAGCUGCUGUCUCUGACCUUAGACAAAGCGAGCCACACUCUGCUUCUGGCCUUCCCCUCCUGUGUGGUCAGAGUACCAGCGGCACGAUGCCAGCUCUACUCCCGAUGCAUGAAGAACUGCAUAGCCUCCAGGGACCCCUACUGUGGCUGGACCAGAGGAAGCACCUGCUCUUUCCUCCGGCCUGGGACCAGACUGCCAUUUGAGCAAGAUGUCGAACAGGGAAACGUGGCACACUUGGGCGACUGUGACGGUCUGCUUCAGGAGAGUUUCAUAGAGGAGCCUGAUGGCUUGGUGUCGGUCAACCUGCUGGUUGUCUCCGCUGUAUCUGCCUUCGCCACGGGGGCCGUCCUCUCUGGCCUCACUGUCUGCUGGAUCAUGAGUCACCGCCACCGCCGCUCACGGGGCUCUGGAGCUAAUGGCGCCCGUCGCAAAGGUGACAAAGAGCAGAGCAUGCUGGGGCAUGGCCGCAGUGGAUCGGUAAUGAGCGUGACGAGAACCAGCGGUGGCGAGAGCCGGCGCUCACAGGCUGACAACCCCUUUGUCACACCCAACGGCUGGCCCAAAGGAGAGAUGGACCCGGGCUUACUGCCCACCCCGGAGCAGACACCACUACAGCAAAAAAGGCCCAUGCGUCUCCCAGACUCCGAGUGGGACCAGAGCCAGACCUUCCUGACUGCUGUGGGGACUACCUGCCCCAACAGCUCUGUCAUCUACCUGAGCUCCAAGUUCCUGCAGGGUGGAGGAAUGGGCAGGCUAGAUGACCCAGGAGAGGUGAUGCUCCCUCCACAUACAGAGCGCCAGCGGUAUUUGGUGCUGGCCACCCAGAGAGGGGAGCACGGGGGCAGCCGCCCCACUGGUACCCUGAGGAAUUCAGCAGGUGAAUACAACUACCCGGCCACGCCACAGGAUUCCCCUGACCGACGGAGGGUGGUCUCAGCACCCACCCCUCACAUGGACUAUGGGGAGCAUCGUUGGAGCCACGAGGGGCUCAGCUACAACAACAGCAACGGAGCACCGUACCCUUCCCAGCGCCAGGGCCUCAUCAGGCCCAAUGUGCACGGGCCCAACGUGCAUGGGCACCGGGGACUGGGAGAGCUGGCCGACUUCAGCCAGCUUUUGGGGAAGAACAUGGGCGAGCGCACCUCUAGCGGCCAGUGAGGAGCGCCACAAUACCCAGUGCUCUCUGAAGACCCAUUCCCUACAACUGGAAUAAAUCAGCCCCUUAGACUCACUGUCCCUGUCCAACCACACCCUGUCUGUCCUCUCUCACUAUCAUUCAAUGUUUCGACAUGAUUCAGCUGACUGAAGAGAGGCUGACUGCUGAAAGCCAGUGGAUUUAGAGAGAAAAAAGAGACAUAAACAGAGAGUUUUUUGGGGGGGGAGGAGAAAAUUCACCUUGUGGCUCCUUUCCUCUGCUCUGCAAGUGGCACGCACCACAAAGUUUGGACGUCGAAACCGCAGGACAAUAGAGACGAGAGAGGGGGGCAAAGGAAGGGAUACAUUUUACGUGGAAAGGACGGCACGGAGAAUUCGCUCACUGACAGUUUGAAGCUUCGGCCGUGAAAUGUGCAAGGUCUCCCUCCACUAUCUCGUUCUCAACACAAAUCUUCUUUGGGUGUGAUAACUGUUUCUGCUUUUGCUUUUUUUUGUGUGUGUGCGC